AACAAAGAAAUGUUGAUCAGGGAGCUGAACAAUUCCUUACAUCUCCACAUCAAAAUAACGAUAUAACUAGUCUCAAAUCAGACUAGAAGGAGAACACAAGUGAGUAAAGGCAUGGCUGAUCAUUUUCCAAAAGAUCUCUUGAUCAACAUAUUCUUAAGACUUGGUGUCAAACAACUUUGUCAGCUCAAAUGCCUAUCUAAAGAAUGGCUUCAUACAAUUUCCAGUCCCCAUUUCAAGAAACAACAUCGCGAUCAAUCGAAGAAAAGGCCAAAUCUGUCUCUUAUCAGCUCUUCAAGAAGUGAUGAUCGUUCGAUCAGGUCCCAACUCAUUCAUCUUGCUUCAAUAGACUCCUGUAAUUAUAUUCAUGAAUGUGAAGCUAUUGCAGAAAUUGGAGAGGGCCAUUUUGUGUGCAGUUCUAGGCUAGACUUGUUAUGUUUUUACCAAACUGGCUAUGAAGGAAAAAUAUGGAUUUGCAAUCCCAUUACCAAAAAGACUCUAGCUUUGCCCAUUCUUUCCUAUUUUGCUGGUGAAGCUUGUUUAGGCUAUGUCUGUUCAACAAAUGAGUAUAAAAUGGUAGCAUCAUAUAAGGGGAAAGUGAAAUAUGUUGAGGGGAGAGUGGGCGAUUCUGAUGAUUGGGAAUUCGAAGCUGAUUAUGAAGAAUUUUUGUAUUUCAAUAUCCUAACCCUUAAGCUAGAGGAAGAAACAAGUGUUGUAGGAUCAUGGAGAGACUUGUUUUUGAGUUUCACACAAUAUUCUGGAACACGUCAUCUACCAAUCCACAUCGAUGGGUUCAUUUAUUGGCUAGCCUUUGCAAAAGAUAAUAGUGAUCAAAUGAGUAUUCUUGGAAUAAAUUUGGAAAAUGAGGAGGUAAAGACCCUAUGUUUACCAAAUGGCUAUAGCUUUGGGUUUUCACAUUUGGCUGAGAUAAAUGGACAUUUAUGUUUGGUUCAGAUUAAUAGAGAUAGCCAUAUGUUAAAUAUUUGGAUGUUGAAGGCCCAUGAGAGUGAAGGCUGGUGUCUAGAGUAUAGUGUUGAGGUUCAUGAGAGUGCUUCUAACUUCACUAUUAUUGGCUAUUUACCAAGAAAUAAUGAUAGUGGAGAUAUCUUGAUUUGGUCCAUAAAAGGAAAUCUCUAUUGUUAUGAAACUGAUACAAAAAAGUUCAAACAAUUGCAGAGCUUAAGCAGACUAGAGUAUAAGUGGUGUGUUCUUUUUUAUGAGAGCUUCUUCUCUAUAGGGCUGCCUGGAAAUUAGAAUCUGAAAAGUUUGUUUGCUACUGAGCCACUCUAAAGUUGGGUCGGGGCCUGGGCAGUCCAUUCCGAGUCAAACUCCAGAAUCAAUUGAUGGCCUAUUCCCGCAGAUCCAAGAAUUUUAGUCUUCUUGCUUUUACCUCGGAAGUUGAAUGUAAGAAUAACAAACUUGCAACUUGUGUUCUUUUCUACUUAUGUAAGAGCAUCAUUCUGUUAUGUAAGUUCUAAGCAUUCCAAAUCUACUGGACUUUUGUUUGA